AUGACAGAAAUGCCAAGUUUGUGUGGGCGUUCCAAGCAAAAUAUCGCCUUCAAGCGACACUUUUGCUUCCGUCGCAUGCCCUUGGGUACUAGUUCGCGACCUGAACAGCUCUACACCAAACGCAGAUUCGUUCAGGUCAACAACAAUGAGGAGAAACUCGUCCGAUUAGUUCGAAAAGACGAACACACGCGAGCUAGUCGUCACCCACAGCGGCUUAUCCGACUGAUUCCAGUGGUAAGCAUGUAA